ACAUAGGGCAUUCGUUCCAUACAUUUACUGCACACGAAUUACGGUCGGGAAUAUGCAAAUAUUCAAGAAUAAUUUCUUUAGUCAAUUUAAGUUUCUUUUGAAAGUUAGUAAACUAACAAAAUGCUCUUUAUUCAAUUGUCUAUCUGGAAUUUGGGUCCAAUACGAUGAUCAACUAGCCCCCUCAAUUCAUGAAUGGAAUACACACUACGAAAAUUAGGUACCGUGGCUGCACCUCUGUUUACUUCUUCGGGGAUAAAAGUCGUGAUGUGUGUCUUUUUAUUUGUUUUAUUGGGUUAUAAACAGUGCCUUUAAUUUUAUGCUGAUUAUUUAAUUACAGGUCGUAAUUUCAAGUACAAAGCACAAUGCAAAGAGUCCACCGUACUAUUUCUUGAAAAACUGGUUACGUGAUGGGUUACUGUUGAGUAAAGGUCCCAAAUGGCAAUCCCGCAGAAAAAUACUCACACCCACGUUCCACUUCAACAUUUUACGUCAGUUUUGUGGGAUUCUGGAAGACAACAGCGAGCGCUUGGUGCAGAAUGUCGGCAAAUCAUUAGGAAAACCUGUCAAUAUUAUACCUACUAUUUCAGAGUAUACUCUGUAUUCCAUUUGUGAAACCGCAAUGGGUUCUCGCCUGGGUGAAGAAAGUAAAGAAUCGCAGAAGUCAUACAAACAAUCUAUCUGCGCACUCGGAAGACAAUUUGUAUACAGAAUUACUCGAAUUUAUUUGCAUUCAGAUUUCAUUUAUAAUUUAAUUACGUUCGGAAAAGUAAAAAAAGAUUUGGACGUUGUUCACAAUUUUACUACAAAAGUCAUCAAAGACAGAAAAGAAUAUGUUGAAAAAUACGGUAUUAAUAUGUUUGGGGUUAGUGAUAUUGACGAUAAUAAUGUUUACAAGAAAAACAAAAAGAUUGCAAUGUUAGAUCUUCUUAUAACAGCACAAAAAGAGGGAUUUAUUGACGACAUCGGAAUCCAAGAGGAAGUGGACACGUUUAUGUUUGAGGGACAUGAUACUAUUGCACUUGCCUUGACUUACACUUUGAUGCUACUUGCAAAUCAUAGAUCUAUCCAGCACACAGUAAUCGCUGAAAUUGAUGAAAUAUUCGGCGAUUCUGAACGUCAAGCAGAUUUAGAUGAUUUGUCUAAGAUGCGGUAUUUGGAGAGAUGCAUCAAAGAGUCGCUGCGGUUGUAUCCGCCUGUUCCAGCCAUUGGUCGUUUAUUAAGCGAAGACGUCACAUUAAGUGGAUACAGGGUACCUGAGGGAGCAUAUUGUCACAUUCAAUGUUUCGACUUACACCGUCGAGGUGACCUAUAUAAGGAUCCUUUGGUGUUUGAUCCUGACCGAUUCUUACCUGAGAACUGUUCAGACCGACAUCCUUACGCUUACAUACCUUUUAGUGCUGGACCAAGGAACUGCAUAGGACAAAAAUUCGCCAUUUUGGAGAUGAAGUCUGCGAUCUCAUCAUUACUGCGCCAUUAUGAGUUGCUUCCCGUAACAAAACCAGAAGAUUUAAAAUUCACAGCAGAUUUAGUAUUAAGAACAACAAACCCUGUUUAUGUUAAGUUUGUUAAGAAAGAAAAAAAUAAAUUAAACAUGUUGUGGGUUUUGGCAGCAGUAGCGUUGUUAUUGUGUUUUAUUCACAUUUUGUUGAAUUACAAUAAAAGGGCGCGUUUAAUAAAAAAUGUCCCGGGACCUAAGGGUUGGUUUAUAGUAGGCAAUGCUUUUGACGUAUCAACGACUCCAGUGGGAUUGUUUCAACAAAUGAGAGAUUAUUCUAAAAUAUGGAAAUCCAUAAACGGCUUCUGGUCUUUUCCUAUAGCAGCUGUGAAUGUUUACCAUCCAGAUGAUGUCGAGGUUGUUAUUUCAAACACAAAACACAAUGCAAAAAGUCCAUUAUAUGGGUUUUUAAGGAGCUGGUUGAGUGACGGAUUACUUUUAAGUAAAGGUUCGAAAUGGCAAUCCCGCAGAAAAUUACUCACGUCAACGUUCCAUUUCAACAUUUUACGUCAGUUUUGUAGGAUACUGGAGGACAACAGCCACCGCUUGGUGCAAAAUGUCGGCAAAUCAUUGGGACAAUCAGUUGACAUUGUUCCAAUUAUCACAGAAUAUACUCUGCAGUCUAUAUGUGAAACAGCGAUGGGAUCUCGGCUAUCAGAAGAGACACAAGAAGUCGCUAGAUCUUAUAAAGAAGCUGUACACGCUCUCACGAAUCAAUUCGUUCACAGAGUAAGUCGACUAUAUCUUCAUUCAGAUCUUAUUUACAACUUGGUUAACUUUAGAAAACCUAAGAAGGAUUUAGACACCGCCCAUAAGUUUACCAAGAAAGUCAUCAAUAACAGAAAAGAAUACAUUAAAAAGAAUGGAAUUAAUGUGAUUGGCGACAAUAACGAAAAUACCGAUGAAAACAUUUAUACGAAACCUAAAAAAGUUGCAAUGCUAGAUCUCCUUAUAACAGCACAAAAGGGAGGUUUAAUAGACGACACUGGAAUUCAAGAAGAAGUUGAUACGUUUAUGUUUGAGGGCCAUGACACGACUGCAAGCGGCAUAACGUACAGUCUAAUGCUGAUCGCCAAUCAUAAAGAUGUACAGGACAAAAUAGUGGCAGAACUGGACGAAAUAUUUGACGAUUCCAAUCGUCAAGCAGAUUUAGAUGAUUUGUCUAAGAUGCGGUAUUUAGAGAGGUGCAUUAAAGAAUCACUGCGGUUGUAUCCGCCUGUUCCAGCCAUUGGUCGUAUAUUAAGCGAAGACGUCAUAUUAAGUGGAUAUAAAAUUCCCCAAGGAACAUAUUGUCACAUACAAAUUUUUGACCUGCAUCGUAGAGAGGACGUAUUCAAAGAUCCCUUAGUGUUUGAUCCCGAUCGCUUUUUACCCGAGAACUGUGCAAAUCGGCAUCCGUUUGCAUAUAUACCAUUUAGCGUGGGACCUAGAAAUUGUAUAGGACAAAAGUUCGCUAUUAUGGAAAUGAAAUCCGUGCUUUCGUCAAUACUGCGUUACUAUGAAUUACUUCCAGUAACAAAACCAGAAGGUCUAACGUUCACAGUGGAUUUAGUAUUAAGAACUAUAAACCCGGUUUACGUCAAGUUUGUUAAAAGGAACAAAAAAUAAUGCUUCAGCGUUUCAAAA